AUGGAAAGCGGGAACACAACAACAGUGACUCACUUCAUAAUUCUUGGUUUCCCAAGCCUCCAGAAUGUGCAACUCUUGCUCUUUUUCAUGGGCUUGGUUAUCUACCUUCUGACCUUGUCGGGACACAUUGUCAUAAUCAUAAUAGUACGCAUUGACUCACGUCUCCAUAACCCCAUGUAUUUCUUCCUCAGCAACUUCUCCUUCUUGGAGAUCUGGUACACCUCCAACAUCAUCCCCAAAAUGUUAGAGGUUUUUCUACAAAAGAACAAAUCUAUCUCAUACACUGGUUGCCUCACCCAGCUCUAUUUCCUCAUCACUUUAGGGACUGCUGAGUGCUUCAUCCUAGCCAUCAUGGCUUAUGAUCGUUACUUAGCCAUCUGCCACCCACUGCGCUACCCGAUUCUCAUGAAUAGCAAGAUCUGUCUUCAUUUGGCUUUAUGUCCUUGGGUAGGUGCCUUCCUGGUAAACAUUCCACCUUUGGUCUUGUUUUGUAAACUUCCUUUCUGUGGGCCAAACAAGAUCAAUCACUUCUUCUGUGAUGCGCUACCUUUACUGAAACUCUCUUGCAUGGAUACUCAUGAGGCUGAGGUGGUAGACUUCAUUGUGGCUACCAGUGUUAUUGUGAGCUCUUUCCUUCUGAUUCUGGUCUCAUACGUCUUCAUUAUCAUCGCAGUCUUAAAGAUCCCUUCAACCACAGGACGCCAGAAAGCCUUCUCCACUUGCGGCUCCCACCUGGCUGUGGUAACUAUCUUCUAUGGCACCCUGAUGUUCAUGUAUGUGAGACCAACAUCCAGUUACUCUUUAGACUCAGUUGACUUCAAUAAGGUGGUGUCGUUGUUCUACACAGUGGUGACCCCCAUGCUGAACCCAAUCAUAUACUGUCUGAGGAACAAGGAGGUCAAAGAAGCCCUAAAGAGAGCAGUAAGAGUGAAGUGUGCGCUCACGACCAAGGCUGGGAACAAUUCUAGUGUAUCCUUGAAUUAG